AUGACCCACGCUGAACUGUCCCACCAAACUCAAUGACAGGGGGGCGCUACCAUCGUUCAACUAUAUGGUUUCCAACAUGGCAAAAAUCGGAACCAGCGAUCCGGUAUUGACGGUGGCGCCCCACUGUCAAUGUCAUGGAUAGGACCAGUAACGACUGUUUUCAUCACAUUGACUUGUAAAAUUGUAAAUCUAUGGAUUGGCCAUGCCUACAAAAGCGUGUUUUAUGUUGGAAUUGGUUGGAUUGGAACACACUAAUAACCAAUAGAUAUUUUAUUUUACAAUCAUCUUAAAAAAUUUAAAAAAUAGCGAAAGAAAAACUGGAAAAACUAUAUAAAUAAUCAAACAAAUAAAUAAAUAACAAGAUAAAAGCCAUGGAUAAAAGCAUGUCAGUGAUGCAGAGGUUGGCUGCCUAAUUAUUGUUAGGUCGUUGGCUGCCAGCAGUGGGUAGACACUUCUCAUACAAAAACUAGUCUCUAUAUGUAGCAAUUGAUAUACAACCUUAUCCCUUAAGCAAUAAAGUGCAUUUUGGAUUGAUUUCACUAUAGCAGGGGAACCCGCGGAUCAAUACCACCAUACUAAAAAUAAUUGUUAGUGUCCUUAUGUUGGUAGUAUUGUUAGUUUGACAAAUGAAAAAAAAUGUCUGUCAAUUGAGUUUGAGUUUUUAACCGGCGAAUUGAUUCGUGUGAAGUUAUUUUCUCAGAUUUGGUGCAAUAUUACUGUAAAUAAACUUUUCUGUCGUUUACGUUGAGUUGAUUAAGUUCCUCCGUAUCGGGCGUGAUAAAGUUUGCUGUUCAGUGUUAUGUUUUUUGUGAGAUAGAGACUCUUUUAAAUAAGCUGUGUUUCAACUUCUACAGAAGUUUAAACUCUUAUUUACUUUUCUGUUUAAUGGGUAUGUUAUCUACUUACUUGAAAUAUUACAUCUAUUACAAAUCUAUUUUUCAUUAAAAACAACCCUAUGUGAUGAAAAUGUAAAUGUACUUUCAAAACUGGUAAAUGCAUGAACCAGGGCAUUGACACUGGUUGGAGAGAAAUUAUAGGCUUUGUUUAAUUAAUACCUAUUUCAUUUUAGGCUUCUACUGAUAAUGGAGAGUAGAAACAACUAGAAGUGCGUUAUUUGUAAUAAGAGGCGAAGUCGUGGUGGAUCACCCUUACUUUUGAGUAGGUUUCCUCUGGAUUCUGACCGUUGUCGAAUGUGGGUUAAAAAUGCUGGCUUAGAAGACUUAGCAUAUGUACCUAUUGAAAAGUUACACCAACUGAAGUUUGUUUGUGGUGGGCACUUCACUCCUGAAUCCUUCAAUGCCAAAGGAACUCGGCUGAAGAACUCAGCUAUUCCAACACUGGAAUUGAGCAAUCCCAUCUUGCCAGAUGAAGUUUUGACAGAGUUUCCUCUUCAUGUAAAAGACUCCAAUAAAGAAAACCUCAAGACAGUUCUUUAUGAUCAUUCAUAUUGCAUUCCAAAGAAGUCAAAUCCAGUUGAACGAGUUCCCCUUACAACUACAACCAAACAACUAAAUUCAACAUGUUUGGGAGCUGUGGAUAUACCAGAUUCUGGUAUUUCUGCGAAAACAACUUUUGAACCUCUUCCUUCUACUUCCAAUGCACCAGAACAUAUGACCUAUAAACCCAUUACUCAUGGUAAGUGUACAAACUAAUUAUUUACCUUCUAAAAUAUGCCUUCCCUCAAACUAAAGAAUGCCACCCUGGAUGCGUUCUGCAGUCUGCAGUCAGGUCAAAAUGAACUUAUAUGUACAACAUUCUAG